GCGCAGGUAGAGGUGGAAGUCUAGAGUUGCCGUGAGUAGUCACUCCGCCGCGCUACGGUCAGUCAGUCCAGUUCACUCCGAGUGAUAAGUGCGUGGUGAACGUUAUUGUGACUUGUGUUGUCAACCUUCGUUCAAUAAACUUGCAUACAGUGCGCGCAUGAUUUUCCAUAGACCAGGAACAUCAAAGGCUACUAUUUUAAGGAAUGCUUUCAAGAAGUGAAGGACCAUGUAUGCCUCUAGAUACACUGGUGUCUACAUAGCAGUGUACAUGUCCCAGCUUGCAAUACUGGUGCAUGCAGACAAGAGUGUAGGCAAGGGUGUGGGGCUGUGGUUUGUCAAGUCCCCUGAGCCGAUCGCUGUUCCGCCCGGAGACGAUGUGGACUUUGAGUGCUCGCUUAAUGUCGGCUCUGAGAAUGUCCGGUGGAAACACAACGGCAAGCUGCUGCCAGAGGAGAGCGCUGCUGACCCGUCAUCUACAAGGAGGACUGUCAAAGUCAUUGACGACCGACAAGCAGGGGACUACCAGUGUAUAGCCUGGUAUGGAGCCUCUGCCCUGGCUAGUACCAUCGGCAGACUAACGUUGGCCGAGCUGAAACAGUUCCCGCCUGCGUCUCCUCGGUACUUCACCGUCACUGAGGGCAACAGUGUAGUCAUCGACUGUCCUGCGCCUGUCAGUUACCCUCCAGCUGUUAUACAGUACUACUUCAACAAUGUGCUCCUCUCUGAGUCAUCGUCUCUGGUGACCACCAAUUCUCUAGUCCUACACAAUGUGACCAAUGCUCAGUCCGGCAGAUAUAGCUGCAGUGCCUUCAACUACAUCACUAGCCAAACAGUUCACUCCCCGAUGGUCACUACACUGUCUGUGAUAGGCACACUACAACCUUCUCCUCCAAGGUUCCUAUACACUCCCCAGGCCACGUAUGUUGUGCAGAACGGUUCAAAUGUGACCCUGGAAUGUCUCGGUGUUGGAACCCCUCCUCCCUCAGUGGGCUGGAGAAGGGUGGGGGGAUCCUUGCCCAAGGAUCGGACGCAGCUAGUCACUGGAGGCCUGCGAUUGGCCAACGUUCAGGCUUCAGACAACGGAGCGUACGUCUGUGAGGUGUCCAACGGGAUUAACCCUCCAAUAACACACCAUAUCACUCUUCAGGUUCAAGAGCCGCCAGUGGUGACUCGGGAACCGAACAACUCCGUGGUGGAGGAGGGAGGCCAGGUGGAGGUCGGGUGUGAAGUGAGAGGAACACCUCCUCCCUCCGUCACGUGGCUGCUGAACGGAGAGUCUCUGGACAACGACACUCACGCAGUGGUCAGGGGACACAAGCUGAGGAUCACUGAUGUACAGAAGAGACAUGCAGGUGUGCUGCAGUGUUUAGCAGUGAAUCCCCUCGGCUCUACGUACGGAGCCGCAAUGUUACAAGUGUCACCGAAACAAGUCACUGCCAACGCACCUUCCUACCAAGAAUCCCCAGAAGGAGUUAGUCUGCUGCCUCCCCUUCCUCCUGGCAGGACGCAUCCCAAGAAGGAUCACACAAGGAAAGGCAAAGGAAGGAGAAAAGACAAGAAACAUAAAGGCUCAGUGUUGAUGGUUCCUCCGACCAGACCCAACAUUACCAGGCUGUCAGACAGGUCAGUGAUGGUGAGAUGGAGUGUUCCGCCCAACGACGGACUACCUAUCCAAUUCUUCAAGGUGCAAUACAGAGAGCUGGGAGGACGAGGGAGAGGCUCACGUUGGAUGACCAGCAAUGAGGACAUUCCCAGUCACAUCAGGAGCUACGAAGUGGACAGCCUGGAGACUGAUCAUACCUACAGGUUUCGCAUCGCAGCUGUUUACUCCAACAAUGACAACAAGUUGGGUCCAAACUCCGCCAGGUUCCACCUCCACCGAGGGUCACCCAAAGAUCGUAAGCCUCUGUCCCCUCCUUCCCUCACGCACACGGAGGCAAUCAGUCCCUCCGCCAUCAAGAUACAGUGGCAGUACCUCAACUCCGUGAUGGCGCCGGUGGAUGGUUUCUACGUGUACUAUCGCAUGACCAGCAACGCCGGUGACUACAUCAAGGCCACAGUAGAGGGAGAGAACACCAGAGCCUUCAUAAUCACCCAUCUGCUGCCGGACACAGCCUACGACAUCAAGAUACAAGCCUUCACCGUCAACGGUGCCAGCGACUUCAGCGCCAUCCUCACCCAUAAGACUCUGAAAGACUUAUCUGCGAAUACCACAUCAACGACGACCAAUACACAAGUUGUCGAGAACCAUCCAGACGACAGUUCCAACAACCGGCUGUACGUAAUGUUGGCAGCAGUGUUAGGAGGUUUGACACUGCUCACUGUCGGGUUGGCAGCAUUGUGCUUUUGCAAGCAACGAUCCUCAUCUCUGGACGAUUCAGGCGCAGGGGAGGAGUGUGAUAAGGUAGGGAGGGGAGAGCCAGGACUGACCAUUCAACAGCUGGACCCUCUACCCAUGAACGGGUUUGCUCACGGACACACCGUCACUCACAACGGCAAGAUGAACGGGUACACGCCACACACCAUCAACAUCACCAACAAUCCUCUGGCUGAGCCGCAUCAGGAUAAGAAUGUGAUGGAGAUGUCCUAUAUGAAGGGACAGAACAACAACUGCUCGGCGGAGAGCAGUGGCGGGGGAGAGGGAGAUGAGCAAGCGUGGAGAGAGAGAAGUUCUGGAGAAAACUACGUCUAACUGUGAUUUAAAGGCAACGAAAAGACGAGCCAUAUAAUUUGUUAGGUUUUUAAACAGCAAAGCUGUUAGUAUUUUAGUUUAUUAACAACGGAAUUUUAUACGAUAGUUGUACAUAUUUGUUAAAUUGUUUAGUAACACUGUGAUAUAGUUUAUUGUAGAAUUAGCUUGUAAGGUCAUUAAGUGUAACUAGACUUCAAGAAAGUAUAGUUUUGUUUUAAUUUAUAAAGUUAUUUUUAUUGGAAUGUGACAACUGUAUUUAUAAUAUUUAUGGCCUCUGUAUAUUUUUCUAUAUUUAUAAGGAAGUGUUAAACCAAUAGAUAUUGGAUUUAUCAAACUUGCAAUUUAAAUCAAAAUGAUUAAGUGCCCCUAUUGUUAGUCGUAAAACGUUUCAAUUCUUUAGCUUCUAAAUCAAGUUGUACCAAAAGUGUUCAAGAUUACUAAAAUAUGUUGCUUGGAUGUUGUUUUGGAACUAUAAGUAUUAUUUAGAUAAUUUUUUUUCCAAACAGUAUUGAUGUUAAGAUGUUGAGCAUAUUCUAAAGUUCAAACAGUAUUAAGGCUAAUUCAUUAUUUUCUUUGAUUUUUAAUGUGAAUGAAUAGAAAAAAAUAUGAUUAUCAAUUUCCUACUCCUAUAUAAUCUAAAAAAUUAGAUUCAAUAACAAAUUCAUAUUAAUAAAUAAAUAGAAGAGGUUGAAUUUUAAAAACAAAAAAACUAAUACCAUGGUUCUUUUGCCCGUAUUGUAGGCGUAUGCCAUAUAUAAACAUUUGACAUUAACUUUCAAUGGUGCUAUAGUAUUCAUUAUCGAUUGAGGUACUUAUUUGGCUUUAUAAUAGAAUAAAAACAGAAGGGGAAUCAUAUUUACAUAAACAUGUGAAUUCCUGUUAGCAAUUCUACUUAAUAACUCUUAAAUGUGUAACAGAUAAAAAACAAAUGAAAAAAUUGUGUUUGAAAUAAGUUAGUGAACAAUUAUUAGAUAAGGAUGUAAAUGUAUUCAACGUUUAUUUAUCAAAAUUUUUUUGUGGAUUAAAACUUAAGAAUGUAAUUAUCAAAAACUGACAAAGGUUCUUUCAAGGAUAAUAAUAUAACAAGUCUGUAUUAGUUUGAUAAACUAAGUCAAGUAUUACAACAAAAUUUUAUAGGGUUGCAUUACAGAACAAAUUCAUAACAUAAAGUUAUUUAUGAAACAAAAUAAAAGGGUUCAUGUUGUUUCACAAAGGUAUGUUUUUACCUUAAGCUUAGUUGUCUUUCAACCAAAUCUAAGACUUUGAGUAAAUAAUGCAAUUUUAAUGUUAGGUAUUGGUAUUGUAAUAUAUUGUGCAAUAUUUGAAGUGGAAUGUGUAAAUGUUUAAACUGUUGCUAAUAAUAUUUUGUUUUUGUAACUUUUAUAUCCAAAACAUUUUUCUAUAAUGAAGAAACGCUUUACAAUAUUUUGGUAGCUAUAACCCCUAGACUGAUUACGAUAAUGGAUGAAAUAUUUUCAAUGUCUAUGUAUUUUUUACAGUAGCAUAUAUAGAUAAAAACUAUUUUGUAAAAUUGUUUUGAAAAUAUCAGAGUAACUUUGAAAGGUAUCACAAAUCUUUACUAUAAAGUUUAAAUUAUUAACAAAUUUUAUACAAAUGUUAAUUUUGUACAUAAGAAACUUGUGAAUAUACUUAAUAUAAAAAUUCAUUGUGAAUAUAUUUUUAUACUUAAAAAUAUUUUUUUCAAAUGUUGUAACAUGUGUGUAUUUUCCGUGUAUAAAGUUUUCUGACACGUAACAUAGUGCUAUGUCAACAAAAACGUUAACUUAUUAAAAUUACUUUAGGUUAAUUAAUUGUGAAACUAAAGAGAUGCAGUACCAGUAAUCUUCCAAUAAAAUACAAGGUUCCUACCACCGUCCAGGGAAUUCAUGUUUCACUCUUAUUUCCUUUCAGAUGAACCUUUAAUAUUUGGUUACUUCACGUGUAAUGUUAGUGCUAUAGUCCCAGAAACACCAACUUAAUGACUGGAGAAAUAGAGAACUGAAAACGUAAAAGAGGUAGAAAAUAUAACUAAGCUCUAAAUAACUCAACUGUAGUUUUUCGAGCAACCUGCUUUGAGUAAGGUUUGUCUGUAUUACAGUAUUAAAAGAGUGCCAUUUUUUCAAAGAAGAUUAAUUAAUUGUCAAUGAUUGAUGAAUAAUUCAAACAGAAGCAGAAUUGUAAUCAAUCACUUUGAGUCAUAAUUUGUAUUUCUGUUGGAACUAACUCAUAGUUCAAAUUAAUUCAGGUAUCACCAAUCACAUAAAUUCAUUGCAGUUUUGAUCACAAAACAAUAUACACGUACAGGUGUAGUUUUAAUUUAUUUGAGGUGUAUUUUUAAUUGUGAGUAUAACUGUAUACUGAAGGUAGAUAUUUUUAUUGAAAAAAUAAUGCUCUUCAUACUAUUUGCUUGUAUUAAUCUCUGAUGCUAUUAUUUAAGUAGCUACCAACAUUGUAUAGAUCUCAACAUGUCUCAACUUAAUAAAUCAGGGUGUAAAUUAGCAAAUAUUGAGUAGUAAAAUACAUUUAUAUUUGUUAAUAUUUUACAAUUUUAACAUAUUAAAAUUAGUGCAAAAUUUAUAACACAAUAUUUCUUAUUUAUAAAUAUGUUAACAUUAACAAAAUUAAAUUUAACUAUACAUGAAGGCUAAGCUUAGGACUGCCUAGUCAAUUCUUCCAAUUUUUCUUAAAACAUAAAAUAUGGUUAGAAUUUUUUUCUUUUUCUAUUUAUAAUUGAAUUUUUGUAGAAAAAUAUUUAAACUGAAAAGUACAUGAUUUAAGAUAGUUGAAAAUGUAAGACUAUUAAGUAUGGUUUCAUUUUGUUUUGACAGUACCUAGGUGAUGAUUCAACCCGUUUUUAAAUGAUAAGAACAAAUUGUCACUAUUAACAUAUUUUUAGACAGUUUUAUUUUGUAAUUUUCACCCUGAGUUGUUAAGGAUUGUUCAAGUUUCCAAGUCAUUGGUCAGACUUAUUGUGCAAUAUGAAUAACAUUGGCACAUUACUUUGUUAUAAUGAUCUGUAACUUAAGUAACAAAAUAUACACCUUUACUAUAUGAAUUUCACCAUAAGUAGUUAAAGCUAGUUCUUUGAAUCUACUAUCUUUUCCCCUAUAAAAAAGUAAUUUCUGGCCAUAUAUGGCCAUAUCAAAAUUCCAUAUAUGGUUUUAUAAAGCCAUAUAUGGGUUUUGAUGAGCAUAUAUGGAAGCAUAUAUGGCCAGAUGUGGUUGUAUCCAUAUAUGGUGGUGUCCAUAUAUGGCCA